AUGGCCACCUACAAGCGUCUGCAAGUGGUGAAAAAGGUGAGCAACUUUGCCGAAGCCACCGAACUUCUAGAGUACCCGCUGGUAGAGCCGAAGGCAAAUGAAAUCCGUGUUAAGGUUAUCUACACGGGCGUCAAUUUGACUGAUAUUAACAUCUGCGCGGGUCGCUUUUUUGUCUCCGGUGAUCUGCCUUACGAUUUGGGAUUCGAACCCAUUGGCAUUGUUGACCGCAUUGGCUCAUCGGUCAAAACCGAACUUGCGCUUGGCUCGCCCGUUUUGGUGACUGAUCCGACUCGUUUUGAUGGCUUUGCAGAGUACGUCUACAAGACAACGGACUAUCUGGUGCCGCUGCCUGAUUUGCGGCCUGAGUACCUCGUUUCCUAUGGCUCCGGGCUGACUGCCUCCAUUGGCAUUGACAUCGCCGGCCGUGUGAAGCCAGGCGACAAGGUGCUCAUAGUGGCGGCAGCAGGCGGCACCGGGCAGAUUGCCGUACAGUGGGCCAAGUACCGCGGCGCCUAUGUCAUCGGGACUACCUCCAGUGAGGAGAAGGCCGCCUACCUGAAGAGCAUCGGCGUCAACUGCGUCAUCAACUACAAACAG